GUAAAAUGUCCACUCGGUGGUUUGUGUUCGUCGCCCUGAUGGCUCUCGUUUUACUUAGUGCACACACUACAGAAGCAAUGCCACGUCCGGGACAAAUGUCAUUGAGCAACACACGAAACUGUUUCUUCUCGCCAAUGGGAUGUGUCUUCGUACCAAAGAUGUCACGAAUCCGGAAACUUUCAGCUGACUUUCGCAACGAAAUCCCGCCACCCGACUACAUUUGAUCUAUUGCUGCUCCACCGCGCGCCACGUACAUCGCCACGUUUUCUAUCGAUUGGCGUGUUUUUCGCCGUAUGAUCUCUCAGUUCGUUCACACAUUUCACGAUCUCUUUCUUCUAGCAGUUCUUCUCAUUUUUUUUAAAGUUCGGCAUAA